GAAAAACAUGGAAGUAGGGAGCGUUCUAAUUACAGGUGCCAAUCGAGGAAUUGGACUUGAAUUUGUUCGUCAAUUUAUUCAGAUUCCGAAUCCACCUCGCUUUGUAUUUGCCACGUAUCGGUCGGAAGAUAAAGCGCAGACUUUAAAAGAUCUUCAAAAACAAUCAAAAAUUUCCCAAGUUGUCCUUAUAAAGUUAGAUAUUACAAAUCCUACUAACUUGAGAGAAGCAAGAUGCAUUAUAGCAGAAAAAGUAGGCGAUAUUGGUCUCACACUCCUCAUCAACAACGCUGGAGUGAGCAAGCCUUUGCCAUUCCCUCAAAUUACGGAAGAAAACUUAAAUUACCAUUUUACUACUAAUACCGUGGGUCCAAUAAUGUUGUUUCAGAUGAUGCUUCCUUUGCUUCAGAGGGCAGCGGCUCGCAAACCAUCUUCAAAGCUGGCAGUCUCCAGAGCUGCAGUACUGAAUAUUUCUUCAAUGGUCGGAUCGAUAACGAGAACUGGUGUUGAGUUCCUGAAAGAUUUAGCAGUGCCUGGUUAUAAGAUAAGCAAG